AAUAAUUUGUCCUGUAUGCAUACAUAAUGUACCUUAACAUUUCACAACACACGUAAAUGUAAAUAACUUGGUGUCUGUUGGUAUGGAUAUCCGAUAUUGUUAAUCAUAGGUCGUUAUAAUAUAAUGAACAUAAAAAGGUGGAUUUAAGUGGUACUGGAGGGGGUGGAGAGAAGAAGAGCCAGGGAGGUGAAACCAGCUGCCUAUAUAUGCUAGUAUAUCAUAACACCGCCAUUAAAUCGCUGUUGGAUCCUGUCCGGUCUGUAUUUAGGAAUGCUGUAAAACAAUACUAGAUGGUGAGGAUGAGGACUGUGAAUGAAACAAGCACUUACCUGACCUUGCAGUCUAAAUGUCUGGUUAUCGUGAAUGUCCUGGUGCUUCUGCUAGGUGUCAUCUUAUGGAGAGGUCAUACCGAUUUCCGGUUCCUGUCGGUAUUAUUAUUAAUCACCGGGGCACUGGGAGCCAUACUUGGAACAAGCGGAUGGCUAGCAAAGACAGGGGAUGAAAAACAAUCCGCAUACUAUAUGGUACAGAUCUGUACAUGGUUUUUCAAUGGUGACUUCAUCUUAUGUACUGGGAUACCGUUCAUAGCAGUCACGGUUGUUGCUUGUGCAUUUUCCAUUUUUUCAUUUCAAUCGACAACACUGACUCUUAAACAUGCGCCAAUGGCAUACAUGUUGCUGCUAAGUUCCAUCGUCUUGACGAGUCUGACCGUUGUCGUGGUGUCAGCGUUUUUCCUGUCAGUGAUAGAUCAUAAGCGUUCUGUUGGAGCAUCACGUCAGCAAUAUCACACUCUGGAAAAUGAAAAGGAGUCUGCUGUUUCUGUAGAGCCGGUCAAGAUCAAACAGGUUUUAAUAUGAUAAAUCAGAAAACACUCAAUCAAUGUAUUGUAGAGCUUCAGAUAUGUUUUAUUUACUUUUAUUCAACUCACAAACCAAUCUGUCAUCCUGCAAAGAAACUAACCAUUGAGCCGUACUGCAUUUUCCAUGUGCUUUGUAUGUUAAAUUUUGUUUUUUUUUAAUUUUCAGGUUGAUAUACCCAUUUGUGUAUUUAUAUAUAUCAUUAUUUUUUUACUUUUUGAUCAUACCACUAAAUUCCAAAUCACACGCGUUUCCUCUUUACUACGAUCUACUCAUUUUAACAUAAAUUUACAUAAAAUCGUAUCUAAUUAUAGGGAAAGUGUAGGACGUCAUUUUAAUUUAAAGGUGAGAUAUAAUUUUAUAAUAAGGACGAAACGUCAUUUAAUCAUGAAAGUGUGACAUGAUUUUGCUGUAAGAGUGUGACGUCAUUUCAUUAUAAAGGUUUGACAUCAUUUUUUAAUAAAAGUGUAACGUCAUUUUAUUUCGAAGGUGACAUUAUUUUAUAAAAAGGUCGUGACGUCAUUCUAUCACAUUGUCAAACUUACAAUUGUAUAUAUAGUAUACAAAUGAUAUCCAAUUGUGCGGCAUUGAGAGUAAAAAUGCAGAGAAGAGUUUUUGCAAAGCAGAAUGUAUUUAGUUGUAAAUGUAAUAAAGCACUAUUCUAUAUAGUAUAUAUCAUGUUGACGAACCAUAGCUGUUUUAAAUAAAAAGUGUAAUAAAUUCUAUUCUAUUCUAUUCUAUUUUGAUAGGAUUAGUCGUUUGUGAAAGUUGAGCUAUAGUUUAUAUUGUUACAAUUUACAUGUACUGUAUUUAAAUGUUUCCAUCGGCAUCUGUUUGAAAAAAUAAUUGUUCCACCAUCACUUACUUUAUCAUAAACAUUAAACUCACGAAUUACUGCAUAUAUGUACAUCUCUGAAAUACUGAGAGUGGCUUUGUCGAAUUUCUACAAAGUACAAUCUUGCCAUGUUUUUAUGUGUAUACAUAUAGUUUGUAUAUGGAACUAAUAAUUGAGGCGUCUGAGUUUUCAGAGUAUAAAGGAGUUCAGAAAUGUUUUCAAUUAGAGAUAUGUAGCUUGUUAUUUGAUAUAGAUAGUUAAACAAAGAUUAUCAUUUUAUCAAGUUUAUAAGCAUUUUUGGUUGAAACAGCUCAUCGCAUGUAAGAAAAAAGAAAGGAAUUCACUAACAUUUUACCUAUUCACUUUAUAUACAAAUGCAACAUAGAAAAUCAUACAUUAGUAAUUACUUCAAUAUUUUAUUUUUAAGUUGUUUUAACUCUAGACUCGCUGCAUUAUCAUAUUCAGAAAGAACUUGACAUGUUUAUUAUGACGUCAAACAAUUAUAAGACCUGUGACUAGCGUCUAAUCAUUAUUGUUUGAUGAUGUCACGAUAGGUCAUUUAUAAAGGUCAUACAACGAAUUUGACCUUUGGAUUUACUUGCCAUAGCUCCGUGAUCGAGAGCGUUAACCUGUUCUCAAUUACGAUCUUCUAUCAAAUCGACUGGUUUGAAUCAUAAAAUACAUACGAAUAUUUUGAAUAAAAACAACUAUUUUCAUAAACUCGCGUAAUCGCAAUAUAUCUAUUUAUUAUGGUAUUCGAUAGAGUUCCAAAGUAUGUUAAACAUCAAAUGAACUUAUAUUCUAUACAUGUACUAUUACUUUAAAAAAAAUGCCAUGUAGGCGUAUAGGAUACAACAACAAGUAAAAAUGCUUAAAACAUA